GUUGCGGAACAUAAAUUAGUAGAUUUUCAAUUUAAAACUCACUUAGAAAUGGACCUUGAAGUGAAAAGCAGUUUAUCUCUUUGUGUUCUGUAAAAUAUUUUUUCUUAACUCGUCACUCGUCGACCCUCAAAAAAGUCGUUGCCUUGCCUAACUUGUCUGUCAAAUCAGCAGUUUGUCAGUAACUUUUGAAGUUGAUACCUGUUGAAACGAAAACCUUAUCAACAGCCGAGGCCGGACGGACAAAGAAACCCACUUUGUUACUGGAAUAUUAAUUACAAAAUCAAAAUGUUUUGUGAAGUAUGUGGCAAUGUGGAUGAACAUUAUGAUGAAAAUGCUGAAGUGUUCCAUACAGACACGCCGAAGCAUUUGUGCAACUUGAUACUGGCUAAUUACAAUAACAAUAAGCGGUCCUUCAGUAAAAACAAAGAAGGUGUAGUUAUUCUGGGUAAAGCGGUUUCUGAGGAAACCAAUGAACACAAAAGUGUUACGGUUGAUUACACUGACCAUCAUAAAAUCCGGAUUGAUGUAAAACCUCAGCAAAAUGUGAAAUUCAUAUUUAGUAUCAGCAAUGAAACGAGAAAUGAUGAUUUUCUUGUAGUUGGAUUUCAACUAGGCCAUCCACAGCCGCAAUUCAAAAUGAACGACCAUCCUUAUGUUUUUGGAGAAGACCCUCACAUCUUAGAUAAAAAAUCAUCAAUUAAAGAAGAAAUCUCCAUCUCCUUUCAAGCUAUUGAUAUUGGACAAUAUGAAAUGCCUAUAAUGUUUACAUUCCUUAGAACUAGGGAUGGUAAAAACCUAAUUUUCGUAAGGGAAAUGGUCGUGAUGGUACAGGAGAGGCCUAUGACUUACAAAAAGUCUAAAAGCCCUUACACUAAUGAAGAGUUUAAAAAAACAACAUUGAUAAAGUCGAUUAGUCAUGUGCCAUACGAGACUACGUAUAAAAUACCUAAGCUUUUGAAGAUACUACUCCCACGCGGUCUCGAAGAUAGGGCGUUAGAAGGGCUUCAAGUGCCUCGCGAAAUGCUGGAGCAAUUGCGCCUUGUUCUUAUUAGCACCAGAGCUAUUUUUGAUGAAGGAAUUACAAAAGACAAUUACAUGAUCUAUUUUCGUCAUCUUUUGUGGUGGGAAGAGAUUAUUUCUAAAAUUAACUUGAGGAAAUACAACAUGUCUAGCGUGAAACUUCAAAAAGAGCACAAGGGUUAUUACCUUCAAGUGCCGGGGCUGGCGGAAAAGCGGCCUUCUUUGUUGCGUGGUGACAGAGUGUUUAUCACCCCAAAAGAGUGUGAUUACACGUUCGAAAGUACGAUCAAAGAUAUGGAUGACGAUAGGGUCUUACUGGGAGAUUUCGACGAAAAUUUCAGCAACUAUUACAGUGAGACAUGCGAGUUCGACGUACGCUUCUUGAUGUCCCGGACGCCCAUGGAGCGAAUGCACGAAGCCAUCUCCGGUAUCUUUACCUCUAAGCAGACCUGCAGAGCCUUCCCGGUUCCUAUUAAGAAGAAAGUCGCCGUUUAUCCCAUUUAUAAGUUCUACAAUAAGCUGAUCAGGGAUAAUCCUGAACAGAGGUCGGCAGUCGAGCACAUAGUGUCGGGCACGUCUGGGAAGGCUCCGUACAUUGUAUUCGGGCCUCCUGGCACCGGCAAGACUAUGACAAUUGUUGAGGCCAUUAUACAGCUAGUGGUAAGAAACUCGAGAAACAGAGUGUUGGUUUGCACAGAUUCUAACAUGGCCGCCGACCAUAUCGCCCUAAUGCUUAUGCGGUACAAUAAAGUUCUAAAUAUUAACAACUUCUUGCUGCGUGCUAAUUCCCGUUCCAGGGAGUGGACAGUGAUGCCGGCGGAGCUAGCGCCCGUGUCCAACGGGACAAACUACGAGAACUUCUUCUCCGUCAGCAACCUGCAGAUGUCCACCUACCGCGUCGUCGUCACCACCUUGUCGCACGCCGCUAAAUAUGCUUCGAGCAGAAGCCAAAGCUUGCACAAGCUGCAGAUGUCGCACUUAUUCAUCGACGAGGCGGCGCAGGCGUCGGAGCCGGCCACGCUCAUCCCCACGGCCGGGCUGCUGGCGCCCGCCGGCCAGCUCGUGCUCGCCGGCGACCCGCGCCAGCUCGGGCCCGUCUGCAUCUCGCACGAGGCCAGCAAGCGCGGCCUGGGUCAAUCUCUCCUGGAGCGUCUGCGAACCACCUACGAAAACCUCUACACCGACGAUUCUGACUACAUCACCAUGCUCGUCAAGAACUUCCGCUCCGACCCUGACAUCCUGCAGAUACCAAACACAUUGUUCUAUGAAGAUAAUUUGCAAGCUCUAGCGAAACCAGACCCGCUAAGUCAAGUGAGCAUCCUGGGGCUGCCGGGCGGGAACCGCGCGGUCGUGUUCCACGCCGUACACUCUAGGGAGCAGCGCAUGGGCAACGCGCCAAGCUAUUUCAACGAGAGGGAACUGGAUAUGUUGAAAAGAUACAUCAAAGCGUUGAUCCUGACUCACGGUGUUUUGCCGGAGGAUAUCGGUGUGAUUGCGCCUUACAUACGUCAGGUAUACAAAAUGAAGGCCUGGCUAAAAGAAGAGAAUUACGAAAAAAUCGAAGUGGGCACUGUAGAGUCGUUCCAAGGCAAAGAAAAACGUGUGAUACUUGUUUCCACCGUCCGAGCCAACUGUAGGCUGUUGGACUACGACGCAAAAUACGGGCUUGGAUUCUUGGUCGACGACAAGAGAUUCAACGUAGCCAUAACUAGAGCCAAAGCCAAAAUCAUAAUCAUAGGCAAUCCAACUUGCCUAACCAGAGACAGAAAAUGGCGCACCUACAUGGACCUUUGUAAAGAAUUCGACUGCUUCUUCGGAAUGGACACCCAACAGAUCGAACGGGACUCCAAACUUCUCAUAGAAAUCGCUAAGACUCGCUUCGAGAAGUGUCGCCUGUCUGAAGCUUUGCCGAAGCCGAAAGAAGAGUCGAUUAAAAAGAAGAAAAAGUAACUACAUACAUUAUGUACCGUUAUGUCAUAAGCUAUGGCUUGUGGCAAUGUAUUUUUAGUACAUAUUUCUAGAUGAUAUGUGAUAUUAAUAUUCCAUUUUGCCGCCGGUGGCCAGCAACAGUUAAUUAUCUUCGUUGGUAGAUAAAUUACAUAAAACGAACCGUAUUACUGCAGUUCCAGCUGACAUUUCCGUUUUUUCUUUCGAUCUCAUCAAUACAAUUAUUCUUUGCGAUAGAAUGAGACGACAUGACCGGAAUGAGUAGCUGGAAUUGUGACCCACUGUUAGGGUUGCCAACUCUUGAAAGGACCAACCCGGGAGAAUUGUGGGGGGGGGGGGGGCUUGCUCCAUAGUUGCUCCAUCACGCUGAAUGGAAAGAACAAACGUGACCAUUUUUUUUUAUCCAGGACAGGGAUUUCUGUUUUUCGAUUUCGUAAAGAAGUCAACCCAGCGUAAACCCACUCGACUUUCUUCAAUAAGAUGUGGUUGCACCUCACACAAAAGUCCAACCUCAUCGUACAAUUUGUCACUAUCUAUGUCAAUAUUUAAUAAUUCCUGGAGUUUAGUAAUGCUGGUCCAUGUGAUUGGUUCUUUUAAAGAUAAAAUUUAUAAACAAGUACGAGCAGCAAUGGAUGCAUUUAAUUUUUAGAAAUACCGGAGAAAAUAUUGCUCUCCGGGAGGUCGGGAGGUUAACCAUUAUUUCCGGAGUCUCCCGGGCAAUCCGGGAGGGUUGGGAACCCUACCCACUGUACCUAACCUUUGUAACCGAUCCCUAUCGGUUACCAAUCUGCAAUUGAUAACUUCAUCCUCAUUGGACUUUAUCUUCUGUAAGAUAAGGAUCAAAAUCAAUCGAGGAAUUGUUCAAGUUUUGUCUGAUUUGGCGACUGUAACAUGUGAUUUUGUUGUGACCAAAAUACUUUUCUUGUCGCAAAAUGUUGAGUAUUUGAUAUAACACGUACUUUACUUUUUAUACUUAUUUUGUUUUGACCAUGUGUAACUAAGUUAGUAAGUUACUUCCGCUUAUUAUAAAGCGGGUCGAUAGUGAUACUUGUACCUACGUUUUUAGUUAAGAUUAGUCAGUAAGAUUUCAAUUACCAUUAAAAGUGUUGUUUUCAGCUUUUUACUUUUUAAGAAACAGAGAUUUUUGUGCUAUUGAAUGACUGAAAGUUAGUUGUUAUUCCCAGGAUACUGUCAUACGCAUCAUACUACUGAUAAAAACU